AUGAGACCAUUCCUUUCACUUGCUUCUCGGUCUGAAGGCCUGUUGGGUGCAAUUCAACCUGUCGGAGGGUCUUAUUUCACGUCGCGGCUUUAUUCCAGCACACCUUCCGGACACAGACCUCUUCCUCUUGCUGGAAUUACCGUGGUUAGUCUCGAACAAGCUAUUGCUGCGCCCUUUUGCACGCGACAACUUGCCGAUCUUGGAGCUAGAGUCAUCAAGAUCGAACGACCAGGGGUUGGAGACUUUGCACGACAUUAUGACAUGCGAGUAGGAGGUCUAGCGUCACAUUUCGUAUGGACAAACCGCUCCAAGGAGAGUUUGGCACUGGAUCUCAAACGUGAAAAGGAUCAUGCUGUCCUGAUGAAACUCCUCGAGAAGGCCGACGUUCUUGUUCAGAACUUAGCUCCCGGUGCUAGUGCGCGACUGGGGCUCUCUCACGAGGCAUUGAAGGAAAAACACCCAGGUUUGAUCGUGUGCGAUAUCUCUGGAUAUGGCCAAGAUGGUCCAUAUCGCGAUAAGAAAGCCUACGACCUUCUUAUCCAGAGUGAGGCUGGAAUGCUGUCGGUCACGGGCACUGGAAAGGAACCGGUAAAGGUUGGUAUUUCCAUCGCUGAUAUUGCGGCGGGAAUGUACGCCUACAGUAACAUUCUGUCAGCGCUAUUGCAGCGUGGGAAAGAUGGCCAAGGCUGCCAAAUUGAUAUCUCCAUGCUAGAAAGUAUGGUGGAAUGGAUGGGAUUCCCCAUGUACUAUGCAUUCGAUAAUGCUCCUGGACCAGUACCAGCAGGUGCCUCGCAUGCGGCCAUCUACCCUUAUGGACCGUUCGAGGCUGGUGAUGGCCAGUCCGUUAUGUUGGGCAUUCAGAAUGAACGGGAAUGGGUCAAUUUCUGCAACGGCGUCCUCUCGCAACCAGAUCUAGCCACCAAUCCCAGAUUUUCGACGAACUUACAACGGACUCAAAAUCGGGAUGAGCUCAAAUCUAUCAUUCACGAUGUGUUCUCCAAAUUAACCACAGAGGAAACAAUUGCUCGAUUGGACGAAGCCUCGAUUGCCAACGCUAGUGUUAAUGACAUGAAAAAUGUCUGGGAACAUGCCCAGCUUCAUGCACGAGAUCGAUGGACCAAAAUCCAAACUCCCAUCGGAGAUAUUCCGGCUCUUCUACCCCCUGGAUCUGCGAAGUCAGCCGGAAAAGAUGGAUAUAUCGCUCAGAUGGGUUCAAUUCCACAGGUUGGAGAGCACAAUGAAGCCAUUCUUGCGGAGCUGGGACUAUCGAAUUGA